AUGUCGUUGAAAAGGAGGUACGCGCGCGCGAGCGUGAGUCAUUUCGAACGGCACGUCAGCGGGUUGAAUUCGAGUUAUAAAGACGAGCGAGACUACGGGGCGGCGACGCCGCCGCCGCGGACGUGGGGGGAGUCCGCCGUUCGGUUGGCGUCCGUCGUUCGGUUGUCCUGGAAGGAGGCGCUGGCGAGGCUGGGGAUAUGGCGGUUGGAUCACGUGUUGGCCAUCAGGAUGCUGGCGGAGCGGGACAUGAGCGCGACCAUCGCGCGGGAGGUGCGCGCGCACGGAUCAAGGGUGGAGCUUAAAGGAGGACAGUGGCGAGAGACUAUGAAGGAGUUGAAGAUGGCGCUUCGUUACUCGAAAUCACUUCGCAGGGCGCCGGAUUUGAAAACAGUGGCGAAACAGGGAGGGGUUGAGAAGGAGGCGAUUCUGUUGAGCGACUUGGCGCCGGCGUUGAUGCGGCCGGCGUACGUCUUAUUUAAAGACAUCGAGGCGGAACGGUUGAUCUUGGUCGUUCGCGGAACGCAUAGCGCAAAGGAUAUGAUCACGAAUUUAACAGGGACGUCCAGUCCGCAUCACACGAUGAGCGGAGGUGACGGGAAAGAGUUGAGAGUUGGGUAUGCGCACAGCGGUUUUUUAACGAUGGCGAGAUAUCUUGAGCGAGUGAUCAAGGACGAUCUUGUGAAAGCGCUGAAAAGUAAUCCAGGUUACGACAUGAAACUCGUCGGCCAUUCUCUCGGUGGCGGUGUUGCAGUCCUGUUGACGGAGAUGUUACUCCAAGACGAGCGAUUUCAAUCGGUUGGACUACACUGUUACACAUUUGCAUGCCCUUCGACGUUAAGUCGAGAGCUCGCAGAGUCGGUCAGGCCUUUCGUGACCACGUGCGUGAAUAACUCCGAUUUGGUAGCAUUCGUUAGUUUUAGCAAGGUGAACGAGCUCCAGCGCGAGGUGGUCAGUACCGCGCUCGAGCAGAGGCUGUUAGAUAAAUGGAGACAGAAUGCGGCGGCGAUGUCACCGACGGACGUGUGCGGGCCGACGCCGUCGCGUUUCGCCGCGGCAGCGGCUGCGGUGGGAAAGCAGCACUACGGACCGGAAAAGUAUCCAGGUUGGUUGCGAGCGCUCAGAGGUCUGAAAGAUCGCCAUAAUAAGCUUGUCGAGUCGAGCUCUUUGUACAGGCAAAGUUUGUUGAUUGGAAAGACGGUGAGUAAGACGAGUUCGAAAUUGGUCAGUCUCUCUGGGGCAUUCAUUGCUGGGGUUGUGUCUCCGCGUCCGAGAAAGAAAGAUGACGUGAAUGAGAUGAAGGUGGCGAGACCGGUUCAAGAGAAUACGGCGUUUAAGAGGACGAAUCAGCAAGUUGGAGAUACGAUUUCGCAGGCUGUGUUAGCGACGGACAUUUGCAACGACGCACAUCUCGCGCACGUGCACGCGGAUGCGCCCGAGACGACGGCGGAGGAAAAGAAUUUCGAAGAGUACAUCAAAAUAGCUCGCAUCGCGCUCGAUGAGGAUUUUCAAAAGCCGCUCACCGCAGCGGACGUGGCGAAGAUCUACAAAGCGGAGGCGAAUGCCGCACAGGAGGUGCUUCGAAUUCAGGCGGACAUCUCCGUCGUCAAGGCGGCUGAGUUAUUAGCGGACGAAGAGGCAACCAUGCUCGCGGAUUAUUACGGUACCGAUCUUCCUCAGCUCUACGCGGGCUCUCACACGAGCUCCGAGCGCGAUCCCGUGGUCAAGCGCAGAUGCGUAUCCAUGGAGGAAUCGGCACGCCACAAUUUGGAGGAAACAGACAAGCGAGACACCGAGAAGCUGUACCCGGCGGGACGCAUCUUACACUUCGUCCUCAAAUCAGGUCUCGACGAAGAGUCGACGAGAACUGCCGUGGGUCCGAGUGCUAAACCGGACGAUCAAGGUCGAUUCGAUUCACGCCGUAGCCUCCACGCGCUGUUCGAUGACGUCGAUUUGGACGUCUACUCGCGCAUCAUUCUCUCGCGCACCAUGAUCGCCGACCACUUCCUCGCACAGUACGAGGACAUCAUCGACGGUUUCAUCGCCGAAAUCGAUGCCUCCACCGACUAG